GCCUUCAGCGUCGAGUCGAAUGUCAGCAUAGGGGCCAACAGUACUAGGAAACGGCGUCGGUGGUGGUUGGACACAGGGUAAAGAGAAGAGAUCAUGUUGCUGAAUGUCAUGGCAUUGGUCGGUUUAUUCUCUACCCGCACUCUUCGUGGACUGUUUUUAGGGUGGGAUAAAGAGGGAAGAGAGGUUACACUUGUAGUUACGGCGACGACGCGAACACGGGCGCGCAACAGAACGAACGAGGACGACAACGAAAUGAAGGCUUAUCAUCAGUUCCCGCUUUGUGCCGGCCGUUCAAAUUGUUCGUUCCUUCUUGUUUGGAAACUGCGUUGAAAAUGUCAACAAAUGGCCAACAUUACUGCCUACGUUGGAAUAAUUAUCAAUCAAAUAUGACAUCAGUAUUUCAUCAACUACUCCGUAAUGAAUCAUUUGUUGAUGUUACUUUAGCAUGUAAUGAAAGUACUCUUAAAGCACACAAAGUUGUUUUAUCAGCAUGUUCUUCAUAUUUUCAAAAAUUGUUAAUGGAUAAUCCAUGUAAGCAUCCUACAAUUAUAUUACCAUAUGAUAUAUGCUUCAGUGAUUUGAAAUUCAUCAUAGAAUUUGUAUACAGAGGUGAAAUAGAUGUUUCUCAAGCUGAGCUCCAAUCUCUUUUGAGAACAGCUGACCAAUUAAAAAUAAGAGGUUUAUGUGAAGUCCCUGAAGAUGAACGUGAUUCUUCAAUUACUGCUGAAGUAACACCUCUUGGACCUUUAAAGACAGGUGGACGUGUUUUUACAAAGCUUCAAAGAAGAACAUCUCCAUACAUAAAAAAAUUAAGUCCGAACACUACUGGAUGUUUUCAAUCUGAACAAUAUAGUCGAAAUUUUUAUAGAAUCGAACAAACUGGUUUUGCUCCUAUUUGUAUUAAUCAAGAAAACAAAACAAUUAAUUCCUCCCACUGUAUGACUGUGGCAACUUCUACAGAAGAAGAUGAAAAAGAAAUAAAAUCAACCCUCUCAGAUUUACCUGUAGUUAUAUUAGAUCCUCAUUCGACUUUAAAUGUACAAGCACAUCAGCCUCAAAUAGUACAUAUGAAUAUGCCAUCACAACAAACACAAAUUAAUCAUGAAGUAACGCAACAUCAAAAUUCACCUCAGUUACAGCAAUCUUCUGUUCAAACUCACACACAAAUGAUUAUUACAUCAACACCAAUUAUGACUGUUUCUGAAAGUGAUAUUACACCAGAUGGUCAGCCAGUUGGGCCAAGAGCUACACCUGUACCAGUUAAACCAAAUUCUAGUCCAUCAACUACUCCAACACAUCGUGAUAUGGCAGUGGGUACAUCUAGUUCUAACGACACUGCUAAUGAUGCAACUGAUGUAAAAUAUGAAAGUGUUAAGUUUGAAACAUUACGUACAAUUGAUCAAACAUCUGAUGCUAUUGGAAUAGAUAGACAACAAGCUAGAGAAUGUAUUACUAAUAUGAACGAGGAAGAAAGUUCUAUGCAUACAAUGAUGAUAACACCAGAGUUAUUAGGAUUAUUGCCUAGUUCAUCUAACACAGGAGAUGUCAGUGAUGAAAACUCAAGUAGUAAUAUGAAUAAGCAAUAUGGUACAACUAAUGGAAAAGGUUGGACUACUGAAGAUAUGGAAAAUGCCUUAGAAGCUUUACGUUCACACAAUAUGUCUCUUACUAAAGCAUCAAUAACAUUUGGAAUCCCAUCUACAACUCUGUGGCAACGAGCACAUCGAGCUGGCAUCGACACUCCUAAAAAAGAUGGACCAGCUAAGUCAUGGAAUGAUGAUGCUUUAAAUGUUGCUUUAGAUGCUUUGCGUACAGGCACUAUAUCAGCCAAUAAAGCCAGUAAAGCUUAUGGUAUACCUAGCAGUACAUUAUAUAAAAUAGCCAGAAGAGAAGGUAUUCGUUUGGCAGCUCCUUUUAAUGCAGCUCCAACAUCCUGGGGACAAGAACAAUUAGAUCAAGCAUUACAUGCUAUUCGAACUGGUCAAACAACUGUUCAAAAAGCAGCAGCUGACUAUGGAAUUCCAUCUGGUACUUUGUAUGGCAGGUGUAAACGCGAAAAAAUUGAACUUUCUCGUAGUAAUCCUACUCCUUGGUCAGAAGAUGCUAUGAUGGAAGCUCUUGAGUCUGUACGUUUGGGUCAAAUGAGUAUAAAUCAAGCUGCAAUUCAUUACAAUCUACCAUAUUCUUCAUUAUAUGGCCGGUUUAAAAGAAUUAAGUAUGGUGCUGAUCAUCCAGAUGAUGAUUGUGAUGUUAUGGAUGAUUCGGAUACACAAAAUGAACAUCAUCAACAACAUCAGCAGCAACAUCAACAUCAACAGCAUCAACAGCAACAGCAACAUCAGCAUCAGCAUCAGCAUCAACAACAACAGCAACAGCAGGUUACUCAACAAGUUCAAGCUACUCCAAUGUCGCAGAUAAUGUUGGUACAAUAUCCAGCACCAACUCAAAUUCAAAUGUAUCAACAGCAUCCUACUCAUUCAUCAACCAGUUGAGAUGAAGUUAAAUAUCUGCAGCCGCUUUGAUGUGCUAAUAUAGUUGCAGGUAUAUUAUAAAAGUUGAAAUUUUUUAAAUUAUACAUUAAAAAUCAAAUAUCUGUGAUAGUUAAUUUAUUUUUCAGUAAAUUUUAUUUAGAUAUUUUUAGUUUUAUUUCAAUAUGAUCUCUUAAUUUUUAUAUUAUGGACAUAUUUUUGUAAAUGUAAUGUGUAAAAAUGUUAGAAUAGAAUUUUUUUAUGUGAAGUCCAUGAAUAUCUUGUUCUUUAUAAUUAAAAAUUACAUUGAGAAGAAUUAUAAUUUCAAUUUAAAACAUAUAUUUUAAUCUAAAUAAAAUCUUAAUUUUACUUUGUUUCUUUACAGCAAUAUUAAAUAAAAAUACAAAAAUCAUUUAGUGUUGAU